UGUCGAAUCUACUGCGACCAAUGAACGCGCCGCUGCCACAUCUGUCAAGCCGUCCUGACCAAUAGACAGCAGCGCGAGGCGGAUCUCAGGUGCGCGCCUCUGCGUCUUCGCGGCUCUGGCGCGCUGGGGAGCCGCCUGUGGCACAGAGUAGCUGUAGAAACUAUGGCGACCGCGGCGUCCAACCACUACAGCAUCCUGUCCAGCUCGGAGCCCGGCAGCAUGCAGCAGACGCCGCCGCCGGCCUACAGGGACGCGCACAGCCUUCUGCAGAGCGAGUACACCACUCUGCAGAGCAGCGGGAGCACGCUCGGCCACGCGCACCAGUGGCUGACGGCGGCGCUGUCUCACGGGGGAGAGGGGUCGCCGUGGCCCGCCAGCCCGCUGGGUGAGCAGGACAUUAAGCCGGUGGAGGAGCUGCAGCAUUCGCCAAGACAAGCGCAUCUGGUGCAGCAGAGCCAGCAUCACGAGGCGGGCGCUUGGCGCGCCACCACCACCGCGCAUAUGCCGAGCAUGAGCACCUCCAACGGGCAAAGCCUGAUCUACUCUCAGCCCGGCUACGGCGAGCCGGGGAUGCACCACGAGGACCACCACAGCCCGCAUCUGAGCGAGCACGGCCACCCGCAGAGCCUGCACUCGGACGAGGACACGCCGACCUCGGACGACCUGGAGCAGUUCGCCAAGCAGUUCAAGCAGCGCCGGAUCAAGCUGGGCUUCACGCAGGCGGACGUGGGGCUCGCUCUAGGCACCCUCUACGGCAACGUCUUCUCCCAGACCACAAUAUGCAGGUUCGAGGCGCUCCAACUGAGCUUCAAGAACAUGUGCAAACUCAAGCCCCUGCUCAACAAAUGGCUGGAGGAGGCGGACUCCACCUCGGGAAGCCCGACCAGCCUGGACAAGAUCGCCGCGCAGGGGAGGAAGAGGAAAAAGCGGACCUCGAUCGAGGUGAGUGUCAAAGGGGCCCUGGAGAGCCAUUUCCUCAAGUGCCCGAAACCCGGGGCGGUGGAGAUCACCUCGCUGGCGGACAGCCUGCAGCUAGAGAAGGAAGUGGUGCGGGUCUGGUUCUGCAACCGGCGGCAGAAGGAGAAGCGCAUGACGCCCCAAAACGGACCGAUGGCCGGGAACGAGGAUGUGUACGGGGACGCCUCGCCUCACCACGGGGCGCAGACACCUGUUCCGUGAGAAAGGGGCGGCUUGAACAUAAUCGACUGUCUCUUUGUCCCGGCCACAAGCCCGUUCGGGGCGGACCGACGGUGAUGAAGCGUCUCUGUGUGUGGCACCUCCGAGGGCGCGGAGCGCGCGUGGUUGCGCGAACAAUCUACGGGCACGGGCGCGAGAAAACACGCUCUGGCAAAAACCGAGGCGCGACGAACCUGAAGAGGGAACGUAAACAUACUUUUAUUUAAGAGAUUUAUUUUCAAGUCCGGGGAUCUGUGAAAGCAUCAUAUCACUUCCAACCGAAAGCUGUGAAAAAGGCGUCAGGGGCACGCCAUCUUGACCACAAAAAGGUUUAUUCCUGAUUGAAAUGAAUCCGGUUCAAUGUCUGCUAUUCAUUCUCAUACAAAUAUUAAUGGCAAAUGCUUUAUUAUUAUUAUUAUAUAUUAUAAUAUCUCCCAUCAUGAUCACUGUUUAAUAAAUUUGUCUGCUUUUAAUUUAACUUCUGAUGUAAAUGGCAAUACUACUAAUAAUAGGCUAAAUAGCUCUAAAUUAUUUACCAUAAAUAAAAUAUAAAUCCAAAUAUAUGAUUUAUAUUUUACGUAUAUGAUCCAAAUAGCCUACUAAUACACAAAACAACAACAAUAAUUAUAAUAAUAUUUUAUAUUGUUGUUAUUUACAGUAUGUACAUAUUAUGUACAUAUUAACAAAUGUAAAAGUAUCACUGUAAAUGUGAUCAAUUCUCAAAAAAUCUCAUUUCGGUCACAACAAAGGCUGCCAAGUGCUGCUGCUGUGUUGUUCACUGGCAGAGCAGGGCUGAUUUCAUGCAGAUCACGGAUUCACACUGCUGCUGCAAAACACAGGCCUGAGGAAACGUUCAAACCUUUCCUCACAAUCACACAGUGCUGUGGAUCACUUCGAAAUGUAGCUAUGUUAUCAAAUCAAAUGAUAAGCUCUUUGUAAUUAAUCACUCAAUUGGGUUGUCCUUAACAUUUUGAUUGAAUAAGCAUCCACCAAAAGCGUCCAUGAUUUGAGACAGUGGUUUAUUUUCUUCCCUUAUUUUUAAAACUCUUUUUUUUUCUAAUAAAAAAAAAAUCCAA